GUGGGCUGUGCACUGGUUCCUUCGGAAACAAUGGAUCAGGGGGAAAAUAUGAAUCCUUAAUCUUCCUGGAGGAGCUCAUACAGUUCUGAUGUGUCAGAGGUUCUCUGUACAGUAAGAAGAGGAGACAGGAGUCUGUGCAGGGCACCCAUGCUUAUUUUGACUUGACAAAAAUUGGGAUUUCACGUGCAGGGCUGCGAUCAUCACACUGAGCCUCCACUUCCACUUCUCCACGUCUCCGCACCAGGUCGGAUGCAGAAGGGGCCCGGAGCCACUGCACUGGGCCAUUGGCGUGAAAGCAUUAAGGGGAGAAAGGGAUGAAGACAGUCUUCAGUGUAAUUUCACACCUAGACGACAGACUGCCCACAGUGCUGCCGUUUCACUCCUUUGGCUGUCUUUAUCUAUCUCUCUGUUAGCUAUCUUUAUUUGAAAGUUGGGAACACACACACACACACUUGCUUUCACCCCUCCUUUGUCAUCUAUUGGCAGCACAUGUACAUUGCCUUUGUGCUGGAAGAAGACUAACUCCUACUUUCUGACAACAUUGCUGCAACUUUCCACAAGGCCCCUCGUCCUUCCUCCCAUACACCGUAGACGCACUGUACAGGCGCCAUGGCGAACAUGUGCCCGUAUGGCCGUUUUACCCACGCGGUGGUGCGGGGUAUUCCAGAGACCUUUGGGACUGUGGCCGGGGCAGGCCAUGAGAAUGGGGAGAAUUCGGUGGAUUUGGCCAAAGCGCAGCGUCAGUUUGGGGUCCUGACGGGGGCCCUCAGACAGAAGGUGGGUCUGCAGCUCAUCGAGAUUCCCCCGGACCCCGAGCUGCCGGAGAGCUGGAGGAUUGAGGACGUCGCCGUCAUCCAGGGGGACACGGCACUCAUGACCAGGCCUUUCAAAGACCAGAGACGCAGCGAGGUGGAGGCGGUGAGGAGGGUGAUGUCAGAGCUGAACCUGACGGUGGUGGAGAUGGGGUCGGAGGAGGGGGGCUCCGGUGGGGCUACGCUCGAGGGCAGCGACGUCCUUUUCACGGGAAGGGAAUUCUUCGUGGGCAUCUCCUCCCACACCAACCACAGAGGAGCUGAGGUUCUGGCAGACACCUUCAGGGACUUUGCUGUAUCCACUGUUCCUGUAUGUGGUGGGGCUCGACUGAAAAACAUCUGCUCCAUGGGAGGGCCAAACGCUAUCAUCAUCAGCAGUAGUGACGGGGCCAAGAAGACUCUACGGAUGAUGGAACAACUGACCGAUCACCACUAUGAAAUGCUGACUGUCCCCGAAGACUCAGCAGCUAACUGCAUCUACAUCAAGGGCCCCUCCAAUGUGGACUACCUGCUCCAUCGAACCUCUGAUGAAUGUCCCGACAGUGUCCCGGCUUUCCAGAAGUUACCAGACUACACCCUCCUCCCCGCGGCCUGCAGUGAGGCCUCCAAGCUCGGAGCAUCGCUCUCCUCUCUCUGCCUUCUCAUCAACAGAAAGCACACCUACUUCUGAACACCUCUUUUAGUCCCCCUAGUGCGCACACAUCAAGUCCCUUGAUGCAGCAUUUAGACAAUGACUAACACUUUAAUGUGAAGCAUUUCUUAUUACACAAACAAGUCCGUGUAUGACUUACCACUACUACACUCGAAUACGCAGUAUUUGUACCAUUAAGAAAACCAUCUGACUGUAAUGUGAACUAAUCAGCUUUGGGCAUACUAUAGACUGCACUGUGCACAAUCUUUGCAUAGCUGCGCCCCCUACAGAGACAAGAAUGCAGUACAGACAUCCAUACAAACCAUGACAUUGUUCAGAUUUUACGGCAGCAUCAAAACGCAAAUUUAGUUUUUCUCCACUGUUUGAACUUUUGGGUCAUGACCACUCCAUCACCAGGACUCAACGACCACCAUGGAGUCCACAUGGGAAAAGAGCUGGGAUUUAAAUUGUUUACUUAAGAGAUUGAAUGGAAUUUACAUCUCCAGAUAUAGAUUAGCUACUUAUUAUUUAGGAUAUUUAAAGGAAUCACUUGGCUUAAUACUGGGAAUAUCUAGUCCUUAAUAGCAAACAGGCUACAAGAACCAAUUUUAAUGUUGCAUUCCCAAGUCGCAUUCCUUCACUGACACUCCUAUACGGUACAUGUAAGUGCUUAGCUCUGUAGAAAUAGAUUUAAUUUCACUGUCAAUAGUUUUUGUAUGUCUUAGUUUCUACACUAUAUAAAGUGCAGAGAUGCAAAUAAAUUGAACUCAGCACAAGAUUUUCCU